AUGUCGCCGGCGCUGGAAACCCCUUCAAGCGGGGACAAGGAGCCCUUUGACAUUGUAGAGACAUACCACAAGCUGCUACGAACAGAUCCAGACCUGACGAUGCCUAUAGCUGCCAUUGAAGCGCUGGUACUGCUACUGACACACUCACCUUCGUCCACCAUUUCCGAGACGCUCGACCUGCUGAACAAACACACCGAACACCUCAAACGCUCGAUCCCCAACCCGAUCGGCCUGUCGGCAGGCACAGACCUGUUCCAGCGGUACCUGAUAUCCACGCUGCAGCGGCCCGGGCAGCUGGGACCAGCGGGGGACUUUGACGCUAUCCGCGCGCACCUGCUAUCGAACGGCCGGCUGUUCAUCCAACGAGCCAAGGAGAGCAGAGACAAGAUCGCGGCCUUUGCGACAGGUUUCGUGCGAGACGGUAGCACGGUGAUGACCAACGGCGGGUCUCGGGCGGUGGGAGCGAUGCUGCAAAAGGCAGCUGGCGAGGCGGUGCGGUUCCGGGUGAUAUAUGUGCUGCCGAACGGACAGAGUCAUGAAGGUGGAAGCGCGGGAGGAGCAGCUGUGCCGGAGGGGAUGGAGACUGUGGCAGUGCUGCGGUCGAAGGGAGUGCCUGUGGCUACUGUUCCGGAGUCGGCGGUGGCGUACUCGAUGGGCAUGGUGGACACGGUCAUCGUGGGAGCAGAGGGAGUGGUUGAGAACGGCGGGAUAAUAUCGCGGAUGGGCACGUACCAGAUGGGCCUGCUGGCGAAGGCGAUGGGCAAGCCAUUCUAUGUAGUGGCGGAAAGCCACAAGUUUGUGAGACUGUUCCCGCUUGGCCAGUAUGAUCUUCCCGUUGAUCAGCGAGUUAUCGAGUUCACCACCGAGAGCACUACCCCUGAGCCGAAAGACAAAGACCGCCGAGCUACGACCGACAUUGUGGACUAUACGCCACCACACCUGAUAACCGCGCUCAUCACGGAGGCAGGCGUGCUCACGCCGAGUGCCGUCAGCGAGGAGCUCAUCAAGAUAUGGUUCUAG